AUGGAUAAAACACCAUUUUUAAGUACUAUGCUUGCAUUGUACAAAGAUAAAUUAAAUGAUUAUCACAAUCAGAUAAUAAUAGUAAGUCAUUGGAUAAUGAUUAAAGCUGGCUUCGGUAAUGUGGAACAGGGAAAGGUGGACGAGUUUAUUCAUUUUGAUGAACGUGAUGAAAAAGGAGUAUGGAUUAAUCAUAUGGUAGAUACGAAAAAAGUAUCAGCAAAUUACUUGAUGGAAAAAUAUAUAUUUGCCGUUGAAUUUUCAGUAAGUACCAACAAGAUAAUUAUUAUCAUUAAUCCUAUGACGAUGGUUCCUGCAGCAGGAUUCCAUCAAUUUCCGACGAAAUCCCUGCGAAAACUCGCUAUUUUCGGGCUGGACCCGCCCGGAAUCCGAUGGAGAAGUGAGGUAACCGUAUUCAGCUGCCGGUUCCGACCCAAAUCAGAUAAAUCCGGUCUAUGGGUUUUACAUUAUUUUCACAAAAGGAUCUUCUAUUAUGGGGGGAAGGGUUCUUUUAUUAUAGAGUGGGGUUUAAUUUGUGUACAUCUUUUUCUUCUAGAUUAGAAAAUGAAUAAGUAUCCCUUUUUGAAUAGUAUGAUGUCAUUAUACGAAUGUAGUAUCAAAAGCUACCAAGAUGAAAUAGUUAUCAUAAUCCACUGGAUGUUGAUUAGAGCCGGUUAUGGAUAUAUAGAAAAUGGAAAGGUAAGACUUAUAUUGUUUAAUUUCAUCACUUAUGUAAGCAUUUCUAAAGGUCGACGAAUCAAUUCAUUUUGAUGAACGUGAUGAAAAAUUCGUUCGAUGGGAUUACUGCUUCUAUGAAAUCUCCGGAAUCGGCCGUUUCCGUGCCGGAUUGUUCGACCUGGGAUUGUAUUUUUUUUUUCUUCUUAAGUGAAAUAUAAUUUAAAAUAAAGUAAAAAAUAUAUUUAUA